AUGUUGCAGCAGCGGUCCCAGACCGGAGACACAGAGGGUGCCACACCCACGCGACAGCCUCAGACUGAUUUCAUGUCAUCCGAGGACGCCAAAGCAAGUACAGCCAGCCACGUGUACGCACCCAGAGCAGUCCAAACCAUGAACCUUUCUGCGGAGAUCGCGAAGCUUUCUUUGGAGAUGGAUUCCAGGAUCGGAAGAGCUGAAAUCCGUGUAGCCGAUUUGGAACGACACAAGGAACCAAUGGGACCCACUGUCUCUCUGCCCACCGAACCCCUUGGACUUCCGGAAGAAAAGGGAACGAUUGGUCCGGUGUCUCCCUGGUCCACUAGUGAAAGGGGGGUUCAGAAGCCGACUGGGGAUCCCGGAGAGGGGAGUGAAAUGCGGCCACUCGGCCGUGUAUCUGUGAUUCCUUUUGGAGAAAAGGGAGUCACUGGGUCAGCUGGUCCUCCCGGAGAAACCCGGGGAGCCAAGGGGCCUGCCGGAGAAAGGGGAGACAUGGGGCCUCAAUGCCCUCGAUUGUCUGGUCCUCCAGGAGAAAAGGGAGCCUUAGGGACUCCCGGAGAAAAGGAAAAGGGAGCCAUGGGGCCUCCCAGAGAAAAGGGAGUCAUGGGGCCUCCUGGCCUAGGGCUUGCUGGUCCUCCCGGAGGAAAGGGAGCAAUGGGACCACCCAACCCAGGGUUUGCUUGUGCUCCGGGAGAAAAGGGGGCUAUGGGUUCACCCGGAGAAAAGGGAGCCAUGGGGCCUCCCGGAGAAAAGGGAGCAAGGGGGCCUUCCGGCCGCGGGCUUGUGGGUCCUCCUGGAAACAAAGGAGCAAUGGGACCUCCCGGGCAUGGAUAUGAUGGUCCUCCGGGAGAAAAGGGAGCCAUGGGGCCUCCAGGGAAAAAGGGAGCAAUGGGACCUUCCGGAAGAUAG